AUGGUGGACGAAACAAGCACACAAGCGAGUUCCUCUUUGCCGCAAGGCAAGGAGGCUCGUAUUGUUAAUUCAGAAGACAAGGUUGCCAAAAAAAAGCGAUAUUACACGGAGAGGGAUGCGAGCAAGAUUUAUUUGUUCGAUCAGCAUGUGAGAUGGCGAGAGUUGAUGAACAAGUUGGCGCUUAAAUCUGACAAGGAGCUAGCAGCAGUAUUGCUAGACAAUUACAUGUCUCGCAAAAAUCAGCAUUUAGGUAAAUGACUCAACUAGCAAUAUGAUUUAAUGUUAGUAUAUGUUUCAAAAGUGCUGCGGGUUUGAUUUUUAUGUUGUAUUGGUUGAUAUUCAUACAUUUGUCUUCUUAAAAACAGUGAAGUUGAAACUCAAACAGAAGGUGAGCUGGGAGAGUUGCCAAACAGUGAAGAGCCUCAACAGGUCUCCACAACGACGCCAACACAUAUUCAUUCGCCAGGUGAGUUACAGAUUAAACAGGAAUAAAAAUAAUAAAAUGCAACAACAUGUAACUCUACAGACUUUCAUUUUUUCCCGUUUAAAUAAAGCUGUGAGUUUGAUUCGGAAUUUGGAAAGAGCUGCACACGGUUUCUCGACACCUAAGCGCCGUCGUUUGUCGAUAGACAAUGUUCUCCUCCCUUCACCAGCAAUGUAAGUUCUUAAAUGAAACAAUUUUAAUUUCUUAUUAUGUAUUCAAUAUUAUAUUUAAUAUUGCAACUAUUAAAAGUGUAUAUUGAAAGAAGUACCAAGAAGACUUAUUGAUGUAAAUGUUAGAGUUGUUUAUAAUUUUCUUGUUUCCUGUAACCUUUCUUACAGGCAUCACAGGAAGCUAAGAAAAUGGUUUAUUAUAACUCAGGGAGUCAUAGUGCCCAAUAGUUAUAAUAAAUCAGCACCUUGGUCUCUGUGA